CUGAACGUGCGAAUGUCGCUUGCGAUGGGCUCAGCCUGGGAUGCGACGAGUUCUCUGGAGUGUUAGUUCGUUUCUACUUCAUUCAUUCAAAAGUGAUUUUUGUGCAUUUUUAAUUCAUGGUUCUAUAACUAUUACAUGCAGAAGUGUAGUCAUGUGAGGGUUCAGAGAUGCGCCCAGGUUUAAAUAAUUUAACAAAUGGGCGCGCUGCUGCUGCAAAAAAGGGCAUUAAGAUCAUUUAUUUAUUAAAUUUUAUUGAAUUUAAACAAAAAAAAUUGCCUUGCCUUUGACAACAAAAUGUAACGUAGCUCUUCUGGGAAUAUCCGAUAAGUAACAAAGCAGCUUGCAGCUAUGGUACCUUACUGCGUAGCUCAGUGUAGUUACUGCAUGCAUUUCGUGUGGAUGUAAUUUUUUGAUAGUAUUAUUCGCCAUUCGCAUGCGAAGAUGACCAAGGCUAUAUGCUACUUAAGUAGUGACCUUUGACUUGCGCAACUCGCCAGCCUCACUCUCUUGUCCUCUCCUAUUUCGAUACUAUAACAAGGCUUGGUCAAGAUAUAACAUUGCAUAAUUUGCUAUAGCAUACUGUACACUGUAUAAUGUGCUAUGUUAUAUUUUACUUCAGUAUGCUGUGUUAUGGUAUACUGUGAUACUGUGUAAUCUGCCAGCAUAUUAUUCUUUUGUGUAAUCUGGAAAUGAACGACCAGAGGUUUAAAAUAGUUGUCUACUGUAGCAGAUUAGUAAAGAAUAUUCAACAGUUGUUUUUUUUUUUAAUUCAAGUAAAUAUUGACAUACUUUUACAAUUCCGGCGAACGACAAUUCUAUUUGAACAUCCCGUGUUGGACUGUGUCGGACUAAUUAGGCUGCAAAUGUUGCAUGCCGGAAAAAAAUUUAAGGUUUUAAUAAAUUGUGAAUUGUUCUUCCCCUAUGGAGCCAUUGCUUAUAAAGUCUUGUGAGAUAGACUGUGAGGCACCGGAUGGCCCCCAGGCUUUCGUGUGCACCACUUAGCUCUUAAUGCGCUCCACGGCACAGGAGCUGCCGGAAUUUUCAUUUCGUCCAUGUAAUAAAACCUACGGACUCCUUCACAGGGGUUGAAUUCAGAGUGUGUCUCCUCCUAGAUGGGUUGUCAUCCAAGGUUAACGAGCCCAACCCACUCGGGUUGCUGCUGCUGCUGUUUUUGGCUUGUCGAAUUUAAAAAAAUAUUUUUUGACUGUCAGUGUAAUACAGUUCAUACAGCAUCCCGAUACUGUAUUGCACCGUGUUAUUAACUAGGUGAUAAGCAUUUAAACAUUUGAUCAUUCACGCCAGUGUAAGUUAGCAUGUUUUCAGUUUGACAACUUCUUGUAACAGAUUCAAUGUGUCGAUAAUCUCAGGCGCCUAAGCUUAGUAACUUGAUUGUCGGAGAGUCUGAAAGUCGAUUCUAAACUUUACAUCACCCAACAAUAAAUUGUUAAAUUUCUGACGAAAUGCUUCUUCAUACGAGUGUGAAAAAAAAAAAAAAAAUAAAAAAAAAAAAAAAAAAAAAAAAAAAAAAAAAAAACCCCCCCCAUACCACCCCCCCCCCCCCCCCCCAACAAUCCAAAAGAGUGAUGUAGCCACAUUCCUUACUUUGUUUUGUUAAACAUAAUUCAAUGUGGCAUAGUUUUAGAGGGGGUCGGUUUCAACAUGUCGUCCCUGAUGCGCCAUCCCCCAACUGCCCACCCCUCUCCUUGGUUUCGUAAAACCACAGGGUAAAACCAAGAUAUUCGUUUCAAGCACCAGACAAUGAUGACAUAUCAUACAAUGAGAAAAUAACCCAGUUUACAAAAAGACAUCUAAAAGACAUUGUUUUGGGUAUGAUGCAUUUUUUCCUUCUCGCCGUGGUUAGCCUUCCUUUAUUCCAGCUCAACAUUCCCCCCCCCCCUCUUUACAAACCGUUUCAAAUGUUUACAUUCAGUUCAACAACCCAGCAGUGUCUUCUGGACGUUUUGUCUAACGUGAAGAAUAAAAUACGGUGUGUUACAACUAUUACAAUGAGAAAAUAACCCAGUUUACAAAAAGACAUCUAAAAGACAUUGUUUUGGGUAUGAUGCAUUUUUUCCUUCUCGCCGUGGUUAGCCUUCCUUUAUUCCAGCUCAACAUUCCCCCCCCCUCUUUACAAACCGUUUCAAAUGUUUACAUUCAGUUCAACAACCCAGCAGUGUCUUCUGGACGUUUUGUCUAACGUGAAGAAUAAAAUACGGUGUGUUACAACUAACAAUGCCAAGGACGUCAUUGAGCACGCACGCUUUGGUACUGAGAGAGCAGAGCAUGUGUCUGGCACUGGUGGAACACGUCACAGAUUAGUGUGUUUGUUUACUUUCAGGCCGUGCUAUCAGAUAAAAAUCGUCCAAGGGACUUUUCAGAGGUAAACAUGAAGGGACUUUUGCUCUCCUCUCUUCUGGUAAGUGGAAAAAAAAACAACGUUUUUUUAAAAAAAAAUAAAUAUUUAUCUUUAAACAUUAAUGAACCUAAAGUUGUUUCCAUUUUACCCAUAACACCACUGUUAUGCCAUUUUACCUCUAGAACCAAUGUGAUACCAAUUUACCUCUAAAAAGACUGAAUAUGGUUUACAACUCAAAUUUUCGAAUUUUUUGGCGGGGCUUAAUUUUAUUAUCUCUAAACUCACUAUUUACGAAGGUUGACUAACUAUUCUAACUUCUAUAUUGUCUUAAAGUCUUGUAGACGAUUUAAAUAAUAAAGAGAAAAUACGUUUACAUAAUAAAGGACAAUGUAACAUUUUCUAUAAUGUAAUAAAUAAUUAAAUUUUGUUACGAAAUUGUGGAUCAAAACAGUGAAAAAUUAAUAUCUUAACUUUAUUUGAUUUUUGUUUCAUUUUCGUCUUUCUACCCCUCAAAAAUUAGAACAAAACAGAGCCGGAAGACAGAGUUUCCCUUUCGUAAUGAUAAUUAGAUAUCAUCGGAACCGAAAUACCGUAUUGAACUUCGUAAUGAUAAUUAGAUAUCAUCGGAACCGAAAUACCGUAUUGAACUUCGUAAUGAUAAUUAGAUAUCAUCGGAACCGAAAUACCGUAUUGAACUUCGUAAUGAUAAUUAGAUAUCAUCGGAACCGAAAUACCGUAUUGAACUUCGUAAUGAUAAUUAGAUUUCACCAGUCUGAUACAAUGUUUCAGAUUGUUUUUUUACUAAUAAAAAAAAAAUAAAUAAUAAAGUCGUACGAAUUGCCAAAAAUGUGUUUGUUUACAAAGCUAUCGCAACGACAAUUUCACUAAGUUCAAUCAAAGAAAACCGAUUACCUGUGUGUGUUCAGCUUGCUACAGCUGUGUGUGCUCAGAUUGACAUUGCUACGUGUGUGUGUUCCGAUUGCUCGAGCUGCGUGCGUUCAAACUGUUAUAGUUCAUGAAGCACGCAGUCUUAAAGUAGCCAUUAACAUGUCACAUUUUGCCCUAGGUCCGUAGUAACAUUGACCCCCAUUAAAUGUCCAUUUCUCACCAUUAAGCCUACAUAUCGUUAAGCUAAGUGUAGUGUAGAAUAACUGUAACACCUCUUCCCCAGAUUUGAGAUCAAUUAUCAAUAAAUUAAUCUACUCCAUUUCAGAUUAUCUUCGCCGGGAUUAUCCUACCCUUUGGUAAGUUUAAAACAAAGGAUCCAAAUAUCUUAUACCAUCUUUUAACAAUCAGGAAAGGGCUUUUAGAAUAUUACAAAAGAUGUCGAAACAUAAAAAUUCGACAGGUAUUUCAAAAACCCAUUUACAUUGAUUUCUAAUUUGCCUUUGUAACCGUAUGUAAGCAUGUGUAGGCUCCUGAAAUGUCUUUCCCUAUUCGUUUCUAGUGAUAUGGAACACAGUCUAAGCGUCAUAACUAUCAUUGUAAUGCAUAAAUCGCAAAGCCUAACUGUCCCUGCCAAAUUUUUACGUUAUCUCUACAUCAAAUCUCUGUUUCUCUAAAUUAAUUACGUCUCCAUCAACUCUCCAUUACAUCUCCAUUACCUCUCCAUUAUCUUUCCAUUGCCUCUCCAUUAUCUCUCCAUUACCUCUCCAUUACAUCUCUAUUACCUCUCCAUUAUCUUUCCAUUGCCUUUCCAUUAUCUCUCCAUUACCUCUCCAUUACAUCUCCAUUACCUCUCCAUUAUCUUUACAUUGCAUCUCCAUUAUCUCUCCAUUACCUCUCCAAUACAUCUCCAUUACCUCUCCAUUAUCUUUCCAUUGCCUCUCCAUUAUCUCUCCAUUACCUCUCCAUUACAUCUCCAUUACCGCUCCAUUACAUCUCCAUUACCUCUCCAUUGAAUCUUCAUUAUCUCUCCAUUACCUCUCCAUUAUCUCUCCCUUACCUCUCCAUUAAACAUAAAUAAGCUGACCUCCCGAUAGAAUUAUAAACCAUUUUUUUUGGACCAGGUGACGCAUGUUUCACUCACCAAGCGGACAUCGUGUUUGUUGUGGACUCCUCCUUCAGCAUCAGACCAGACGAGUUCCAACAUCAGCUGGCGUUUAUUCGAGCAGUCAUAGACGCCUUCACCAUUGGUCAGAACCAAAUUCAAGUGGGCGUGGUGUCGGUCGGCACGGAUGUCGAGGUCAACAUUAAACUCAGCGAGUUCAGCAACAAAAGCAAGCUCAAGUAUGCGGUCAGCCAAAUACGUCAUCUCGAGGGGAUGACCAUGACGCACACGGCCCUGAACUUUGUGCACACACACAUGUUUGAGCCGUCCUACGGGGGCAGACCCUGGGCUAAACACCAAGUUAUUCUGAUCACGGAUGGGAUCUUCCAAGACACCAAGCCCACACUCGUAGAAGCUUCGGACGCACGAAGUAAAGGGAUAGAAAUCUUCAGCGUCUUCAUUGGCCAGGAUGUGAGCCUCUAUGAACAUGUCCUGGAGUCUGUGUCCAGCCAACCCACAAAUCAACACCUGUUCAAGGUGGACGAGUACAGGGCAUUGCUGGGCAUUCAGAAGGCACUCCAAAGUGCUGCUUGCCAUAGUAAGUUGAGGAAGUUUAACUAAAUAUAAUAUUGGGAGGUCUGUUGAUCACAUUAAGUAAUGCCAUUGAGCAUCUUCUUUGUUACAUUAAGUAAUGACAUUGAAAGUCUGUUUUUAUCACAUUAAGUAAUGCCAUUGAAAGUCUGUUUUUAUCACAUUAAGUAAUGCCAUUGAAAGUCUUCUUUGUUACUUUCAGUAAUGCCAUUGAAAGUCUUUUUUGUCACUUAAAAUAAUGCCAUUGAAAGUCUUCUUUGUUACAUUCAGUAAUGCCAUUGAAAGCCUUCUUUGUUACUUUCAUUAAUGUCAUUGAAAGUCUCCUUUGUUACUUUCACUAAUGCCAUUGAAAGUCUUUUUUUGUCACAUUAAGUAAUGCCAUCGUAAGUCUUCUUUGUCACAUUCAGUAAUGCCAUCGAAAGUCUUCUUUGUCACAUUAAGUAAUGCCAUUGAAAGUCUUCUUUGUCACAUUAAGUAAUGUCAUUGAAAGUCUUCUUUGUCACAUUAAGUAAUGUCAUUGAAAGUCUUCUUUGUCACAUUAAGUAAUGCCAUUGAAAGUCUCCUUUGUUACUUUCAUUAAUGCCUUUGAAAGUCUUUUUUUUUUUGUCACAUUAAGUAAUGCCAUCGAAAGUCUUCUUUGUCACAUUCAGAUAGAAUUUAAGGAUGGUACACAUUUAAUUUGUAUUUCCUCAGUCUCAGAACCGAGUGAUGAAGAUGUAAUCGGUGGUGAGGAAUCUUCAGGUAAGAAUUUGAUAGUAACAUAAUGGAAAAAAAAUGUUAGUUAUAAUAAUUAAAUUAAAUAUCAGUUGAUGAAAUAUGUAAUUUGUGUGUCCGUGCACGCAACCCGCAUCUUCAUCAGGCUACCAUCCCAGCAGAUCCAUUGUUCGCACAUGUUUUAGACUUCGGUAGAGAAAAAAGAAAGGCCUGCGCGAGCAAAGGGCAGACGUUCAAAGUAGCGAAGUCAAGUUCGGUCACAGUGGGGGCUUCGCGGUCGCGUUCCAACGAAUUUCGGUUGUAUCAAAUUAUAUGUAUUUUUUUUUUCGGAAGAUUCGUCCGAUUUAAACUUUUAAAGCUUAGAAAAACUUGUUACCACAUUCAACGAAUGACAGAUUUGAUCGUGUUGGUCAUAUUUAUUUGAUCGUGUUGGUCAUAUUUAUUUGAUCCUGUUGGUCAUAUUUAUUUGAUCCUGUUGGUCAUAUUUAUUUGAUCGUGUUGGUCAUAUUUAUUUGAUCGUGUUGGUCAUAUUUAUUUGCAGUGACGAUUUUAAUAAAUUUAAUUUGUUGGAGAAAAAGUUAAUUUAAUGAGUUUGAGACCAUGCAUCAGUAUGAAUCUCGUUUGAAGAGAAGUCACGGGGAGGCUGCAUGAUAAACAAGAUGGCUGGUUAACAUCGGUUGCAAUGUGAGCAAAACGUUGGGCGAACUUCUCUACCGAGAAAUCGGUCGCAUAGUUUAGGCUAAAAAAAUUCAGGGAAUUUCGUAUCCAGUGAGAUAUGGUGUUUAAGAAUAUAAUACGUUUAAAAGAAUUUUUUGUGUGCUUAUCGGUUUCUUUAAAAGGAACAUAUCAUUCUACUCAUAACAUAUGCAGCUCAUAGAUCUCAGUGACUUGAGUCUACAUUAUAAAUUCCCAUAACUUGAGUGUUAGUUAUAGAAUACAAUUAGUUGUAUAUACGUCAUAGAAUACAGCGCAUUAUCGUCAGAUCGUAGAAUAUAAUUAAUUGUGAGUAAAUAUUAGAAUAGAAUUAAAUGUCUGUAACUUAAAGACUAUAAUUAAUUAUAUCCAAAUGAUAGAAUACAAUUAUUGGCGCGUGAAUUAUAGAAUAUAAUACGUUUACGAUAAUUUAAAAAAAAAGUAAUUUAUGCGUAGAUUAUAGAAUAUCAUUAAUUUGUGUGUAGAUUAGAGAAUGCUUAAAAGCGUGUACAUAGUAUGUCAAAUGAGACUUAACAGCGAGAGACAAAGUAACUCAUCAUCUUCACCUCACAUCCUUUCAGAAUGCCGUGAGCACUCAGCUGACGUGGUCUUUCUCAUGGACAGCUCCAGCAGCAUGUGGAAUCCUGACUUUAAAAAGCAGAUAUCAUUCGUUCAAGAGGUUAGUAUGACGUCAUGACCACUGACUUAGCAUGACAUGACCACUGACACUGACUUAGCAUGACAUAACCACUGACUUAGCAUGACAUGACCACUGACACUGACUUAGCAUGACAUGACCACUGACUUAAUAUAAAGUUUACUUUAAAAAUUAUGGCAACUUUCCAACAUUUUGACAUUACAAAAUAAUUGUUGAAAAUAAUAAAAUUUAUAGAAAAAAAAAACACAAAUUAAUUAUUCUUAAUUAUAAAUACCGAGUUCCUUGUUUGUGUGUAACAUUUUCUUGAGUUCUUUAAUUAGUGUGAAAAGCUUUGAUAAGGGAGAUAAUAAUGAUUUAUCCUUAACUAUUAGAAAAAAAUGGAUCAUUUCCCUUGUUUCCAAUGCGUUUUGACAGCUUACCUAAUACGCUACUAAAUUCCGCUUAUAUUAUAAUGAAAAUAAUCAUAUUUUAUUAAUAGCACAUAGUUAGAACUGGCAAUGCGGUAUACACCAUCAAUAAACCUCCCCUUUAUUGCAUAUUUAUGUAAAUAUUUCCGUUCUCAAAGAUUCGAGCAUUGUUCUUUAUAGCCUAAGAAACAAAUGUUCAUAUACUUUAAAGGUUCAAAUUUAUUCAACCUUAGUUCCUGAACUUUUAAACAAAAGCCCAUAUAAAGUCUUAACGUUUUUCAUAUAAAGUCCCUCUGAGCUGUUGCAACUCAAAAUCAUAGUCUUCAUUGCACUUCUAUUGAAAGACAGUUUUGUUGUUGUGAACAUUGCAAUAUUUUAUUGGUAUUGUGGACAUUCUAUUGAUAUUGUGAACAUGUUAUUGAUAUUUUGAACAUUUUGGUAAGAAAAAAUCACAAUAAAUUUAUUUGGAUUCAUAUAAGAAUAAAGUCCUAAUACGUACGUGAACACUUUGACCAGGUCAUCAAAGGUUUUGACAUUGGACCAGACGCCACUCGGGUCGGGGUGGUCGUCUACAGCGACGCCCCAAUCACGUUAGUGGAUUUAUCCGACAAGCAAACAACCAACAGCAUCAUCACCAUGAUGAACAGGGCUCCUCACAUCAUCGGCCGGACGAACACCCCGAUGGCCAUCCGCCACGCCAGGAGGAAGCUGCUGGGUCACGACAACGCGAGACCCCACGUCGCCCACGUGCUGAUCAUACUGACCGAUGGUCAGUCAGACGACCUCACGGAAACGAUUGCCGAGGCAGAGCUCGCGCGCGCCGAGGGGAUUCAGAUCUUUGCCAUUGGAAUCGGGGACAAAGUGGUCGCCCAGGAGCUGAUUGACAUGGCCACCAAACCGAGUGACAAGUUUGUCUUUCACGUCAGCAACUUUACCGGACUUUCAGAAAUUCAACAACUUGUGACGGCAAAAACUUGCGAUGGUAAGAUAUAUAUAAUUAAGAUCUGGUUACAGAGCUUCAGACACAUGACAAAAAAAUUACUUAAUUUUCUGUUUUAAACUUAUUAUAAAGGUAUUUGAAUGAAACAACACUUAAAAAGAAGGUUUUUCGUAUAAAAACUUUACAAAAUCUGAUAUUGAGCAAAUGGGGGGAGGAGGGACUUGGAAAUUGGACAAAAUAUGCAUUCAAGUAACGCACUUUAUCAGAAUCCCAUUUAGAUCCCUCACCCCCCUUUUUUCCCAGGUCUCGCAACUGCACAUUUUUUUUCACGCUCUUGAACUUUAGGCAUAAUCUAAAGACUUACUGGCUUGUACACCGCAUACUUAGUCCAUUUCAACAACUAGUUCAGAAAAACAAAAGCCAAUAGUAUGCACUUGCGAUGCUUUGUAGUAUCGAAUUUCAUUUAGCGCUGUUAUCGGGAAUUUUAUUUUGGGAAAUUAACGUCACCGAAUUUCCCUCAUCUUCCCCUUGAAAACAAAUGAACAACUGAUCUUUGAGAUUUGGGGCUGAGGCUGAAAAUUUAAUACGUAUUGUUGUUUAAACGAGUCUGUGUACUAAGUUUCAGCUCGAUAGGUUGACGGGAAGUGGGUCAAUAAGCUGUGCAUAGAUUUUGCCAGACACGAACAAAAGCGAAGUUAAUAUAAAGGAUUUAGAGACAAUUUUUUCAUUAACAUAUUGUAAAACUUUGCAUGACAUUACAGUUAACUAAAUUCUCCAAUAUGUAAUAAUUAUCUAUUUCUGAACAGCUGCCACAUACAUUGCGCAGAAGUCAGCUGAGGACAAGGGUGCCAUUGGUGAGUACAUAGGGAGUGGUAUAAAUAAUAUAAAUAUCGAUAUUGUGAGUGGUGUGAUUAUGACUAUUGAGACAAAUAUACUACGGUGAAACCUUGAAUUAACGAACCUUCAAAUAGCACUGCCCAUGGCUUUUUCGGAAACUCAACCCGACGCGGAACGAUAAAUAUGCACUAGCUGAGCCGGUGAAUAGCACCAUCCCUCCAAAUAGCACACAUUUUGCUCCGGUCUCAAGAGUUUACAUUAUUUAUAAGUUUCACUGUAUAAGGCUACAACGGAGCGUAGAAAAGACCAUUAGAGAAAAUAGUGUAAGAAUUGCUAGAGAAAAGUUGAGAUCAACAUUCGAAUAUAUGCGAAUCUGUAGUGGAAACAUCAGUAAAGUGACAUCUGUUGAAAUCAUAUGUGCUUUCAUCCUAUUUAUUUUGCAUCACUCCAUUGAUGUCGGAAAGAGGAGGAAAUGAUCUCGAACUUCAAAUUCCCUUUUUAUCUUUAUUAUAUAAACAAAUUCCCAUUUUAUAAAAGGGAAUUUAAAAAAAGGAAGAAAAAGACCUCAGAUUCUAGUUUAAAAAAACAGGACUUGAUUUUGUCCAACUUGUUCUGGCGGGCCUUUCAGAUUUAGGACUGUUUAUACCAGAUGUAUGACGUCAGUGUACUUAAUAAAAUAUCCGAACACUCGAACAAGACAUGGGGGAGGGAGGGGGGGUUGAACCCAAACUAUUUCUUUGUAAAUGUAUGCCGUCGUCAUCAUAAAUUUAAUUUACUUUAUAGAUAUAAACACAAUAAGUAGGGACUUUGUAUACGGUCAUGAAAGUCCUUUUUGUGUCGAUUUGAACAUUAUUUCGGGUUAUAAUAAUUACAGUUUAUUUAAUUUAUUUCAUGAGUUAUAAAUGGCUACCUAAAAACUUGAUGAAAUAUAUGGCUACCUAAAAACUUGAUGAAAUAUAUGACUACCUAAAAGCUUAAUGUAAUAUAUGGCUACCUAAAAACUUGAUGUAAUAUAAUAUGGCUACCUAAAAAUUUGAUGAAAUAUAUGGCUACCUAAAAACUGGAUGUAAUGCAUGCUACGCUACCUAAAAAAACUUGAUGUUGUUUUUUCAGAGCCCAUUUGUCCAAAAGUUCCGACAGACGCCAUAUUUAUUUAUGACAAAACGGCCCUCAACCGACAACAUCACAACUUCGUGAUCAACGUCAUCUCCGGAGUAACGGAAGCCAGGAGUCUCAACAGUGAAAAGCUCCGUUUUGGGGUCGUCCGUGAUGCACCACGGGAGAUUUCAUCCAUCCUGCCGGACAUCGACUUGACCAACCAGUGGACGAAAACGGAUUUCAAGAACGAAUUAGACCCGGAGUCGAAGACGGCCGGUAUCGAUGUUCUAUUUAGAAAAGUAAGGAAUCGAUACUUCCCGAGGUGGGACCACAACGGCCAUAAGAGAAUCGUGGUUCUUUUUUUGGAUUCAACUCUGAACAACAUCUGGGGGGCUAACAUCGAGGCUAUCCGUCUGAAGAGAGACUUUGUCCACAUCGUCGUGGUCACCCUGGGUAAACACGUGGGUGUGGAGCAGGUCAACAAGAUGGCAUCAGAGCCACAUGACAGUAACAUCAUUGAUGUUCCUCAUGUUAAAGAGGAGUACAGACGUGAGGUAGCCGACAAACUUCUGUCUAUCUUAUGUCAGUGAACGAACCAUUCUGUUUAUAAUAUCAAUUUUAAACACACAAGUGUACACAUCAGUAUUAGAAGUCUGGUAUUAGAAGUCUAAGUAUUAGAAGUCCAAUAGUAGAUACGUCUACUAAAAGUCUAUGUAUCUUAAGUCUAUAAUCUGAACUCUAGAAGUCUAGUAUCAGAAGUCUAGUAUCAGAAGUCUAGUAUCAGAAGUCUGGUAUCAGAAGUCUAGUAUCAGAAAUCUAGUAUCAGAAAUCUAGUAUCAGAAGUCUAGCGUUAGAAGUCUGGGUAUGAAAAACAAAGCAAAUUGCACAUUUUGAAAAGUGCAUUAAAUUUACUUUUAAAGCCUGAAAUGAAUUAAACUAGCCAAACAAAGCAAAAAAUUAUAUUUUUUAGUCUGGCAAAUUCCCAAAUAAAGAAACCAUACCUUCCAUGCCAGAUCCACUUUGCUAAAAUGUUAACCUUCAGUUGUUUUCUCCCUUCUCUAAUGUUUCUUCACCAAGAUAAUUAUUUCUGUUGGCUGCCGAGAUGUAUGUUCCUUUCCUUGUGACGUCUACUAUAGUUAUUUAUGGUUGGAUAUCAGUGAGUCAUUUCCAUUUAUUUAUCCACUACUUGUUCAAUUCGCCCCUUUUCAAUCCACUACUUGUUCAAUUCACCCCUUUUCAAUCCACUACUUGUUCAAUUCGCCCCUUUUCAAUCCACUACUUGUUCAAUUCGCCCCUUUUUCAAUCCACUACUUGUUCAAUUCGCCCCUUUUUCAAUCCACUACUUGUUCACUUCGCCCCUUUUUCAAUCCACUACUUGAUUAAUCAACUAAUUUUUCAAUCUACUACUUGUUUAAUCCACUACUUAUUCCAUCCACAAUCCAAUAUUUUUUUUCAACCACCAGUACAUGUUCAAUUCAGUACUUCAGAUCUUGCGACCAGAUUUCUGUAAAUUAUUAUUACUAUCGUCAACGAUUAACCUAAACUGUGUCACUUGAUGCCAGGCGUGUAAAUAACCCAGAUUUGACUUAAAUAUGCUCAAUAUGUUUUUUUAUCAUAUUUAUAAAUUCUACAUCACUAGCAGUUCUUUUUACCAUCCCAUUAUUUAUAUAUUUUAAAACAUUGUUUUCAAUGGCAAUCUCUUGUCUGUCAUUGUCCUCUUUAAAUGGCACGUUGGCGACAAUUUAUUUGACGAACAUAUUAUAUAGUGUCUUUGGAAUGGACAUUGACUUUCCUGAAUAUCCCUGUAUCACGAUAUUCGACCCGCUCCCUGUUGACAUGGCGCUAGAAUCAAGGAAAAGUUGU